CUGCAACGUCGGCCAAACGUGCGGGCUCUGCCCAUCGCCGAAGCUGAAUGGGACCGACACCGUUCUGUUAUAGAAGGUCUUUAUCGGCUUCAUGAACUUGCGGAUGUGAUCGAGCGGAUUGAGCGAGGCCACGGUUUCCAUGCGACAGACAAAUAG